AAACCACGAUUUCAAUAUAAAAUGCUUUACUACUAACUUUUCUAAUACAAUCUCCGAUAGAGUCUUCCAAUCAUCGAAACAAAACACAACCUCCUUUCUCUUUCUUGUUCUGUCUCUGCAUGCCCUUCCAUUUUGCAAGCUGUAAAAAUAGGUAAUGCCUUAGUUAGCCUUCACCCCCACCACACCUUAUUAUUCCUUCUCCCACAGACAAAUGGCUUCAGCUUAGCUGCCAAAAAAGAGAGAAACUUCCUUCUUUCCUUCUUCACAAAGCUCCCUCCUCUCAACAUUGGCCUGGUAUUGAGGUCUUUCUCAAAGCUCCAAACUUCCAUCUACCCUUUUCAUCGAAUGGUCCCCUCUUUCCAAAAUUUCUUGCAAUGUCACAUUUUUCUCUUCUGGGUUUGGUGUUUUUGCAGGCAUGCCAGGAAGACUAUUAUAACUGCUGCUGCUAUGGAUUUUGGUUUUGAAGCUUUGAGCUUGUGAAAAGGGAAAAAGGGGAGAGCUUUGGUUUUGUUUAAGGUAUUUAAAUACUAAUUAGACAAUAUAUAAUAGUAUCAAGAAUGCCAGUUCCUCUUGCACCUUAUCCAACUCCACCAGUUGCUCCAUACAAUCCCCCACCAGUUCCUCCUCCAGCUGCUGCUGCUGCUAAUGGUGGACAAAGCCAGCUAGUGUGCUCUGGAUGUAGAAAUCUGCUGCUUUUCCCAGUUGGGGCAACCUCAGUUUGCUGUGCUGUCUGCAAUGCAGUCACUGGAGUUCCUCCUCCUGGCACAGAGAUGGCUCAGCUGGUAUGUGGAGGCUGCCACACUUUGCUCAUGUACAUUCGUGGUGCGACAAGUGUCCAAUGCCCAUGCUGCCACACUGUCAAUUUAGCCCUGGAAGCAAAUCAAGUGGCACAUGUGAACUGUGGGAACUGCAGGAUGCUGCUGAUGUACCAGUAUGGAGCUCGAUCUGUCAAAUGCGCAGUCUGCAACUUCGUUACAUCAGUUGGAGCCUUAGCAAGCACCCCUGAGCAGAAAUUCAGCACUGCUUGAUCUUGUGGUCUCUCUUGAGACCUUUUUCUAAGUACUCGUCGACAACAAUUGAAUCAAAAAGCCAGUGGCGCGGAGCAAAGAGAACUUCAACUCCAAGUCACAAUGUAUAGAGUUGAUUUCCACCCCUUUGUUACUUCCUUUUAAAUAAACCAGUUUUGGUGUGAAGUUGUGUUCACUAUUGAACUGUAUGUUAUAACUGCUAUCAGAAAGUUUAUAAUGUUGAGAUAAGGAGGAGGUUUCUGUUCUGGAAAGACCUGACUGUUCAAUGGCUUGGAAGUUACAUAGAAACAUAUAGUACUACUGGUGGCCCAAGACAGAUAUUUGGGAGCAGAAAGACAAAGUUCUGAGAGAAAAAUGGGUCUUUGUGGUUGAAAGCAAAAGAAGAGAGCUUUUGUGGUGAAAACCAUAGGAAUUUUUGUGUCAGGGAGAUCACUUUCAAAAUCCUGAAAGAAUCUUAAUCUAUGUCAUUAUCAUAGUUUUCCUCUGUCAAGUUUUAGGUUAAUGGUGGUUUAUCUAGUCUUGUAUGUCACCUUUGAGUGCCUCAGUUUCUGAAGUCUGGUCAAUCAGUUGUAUGUAGAAUUGAUGUCAUACUCAAUAACUACCUUGUGAUGGAGGAUUUCACCUGUCACUAGACAUGUCUGAAAA